CGCUCAAAUCAUGGAGCAAAGAAACCACAUGUCAGUCCUCUAUUUAUCAACUUCAUCAAUUUCCCCAACUUCAUCUCUAUCUCAAUCUCAUGGCAAACCCAACUCAUCUCCUCCCUCUCCUCUUUCUCCUCUCAUUUUGCUUCACCGCAACCGUCAAAUCGGAUGAGGAUUGUGUGUACACGGUGUACGUUAGAACCGGGUCGAUCAUCAAAGCAGGAACGGACUCAAUCAUGACACUCACAUUAUACAACGCAAACGGUUACGGAAUUUUAAUCAAGAAUCUUGAAGCAUGGGGCGGGUUAAUGGGUUCGGGUUAUAACUACUUCGAACGGGGCAACCUUGACAUAUUCAGUGGCAGAGGUCCUUGUUUAGAUGGACCCAUUUGUAAUCUGAAUUUGACUUCAGACGGAUCGGGUUCUCAUCACGGUUGGUACUGUAAUUAUGUGGAGGUUACUUCCACUGGGGUCCACACUCCUUGUGCUCAGCAUGAAUUUACCGUGGAACAGUGGCUUGCUACCGACACGUCACCUUACGAGCUUACGGCUAUUAGGAAUGACUGUCAGUAUAAUUUGGGUCAGGCCCGUCCCGAAUUAAAGAUUGUUGAUGCUGUCAGAUCUGAGUUUGGGACUGGGCCUGACUCAAAUUUCUCUAUUUUGCGCUCUGCAGUGCAUUAAAUUUCCAUAAGGAUAUUAUAUCUGAGAGUACCUUUUGACUUUGGUAUGCUUUGUAAUUUACUUUGCGGUCUUAUUUAAGUCGCAAAGUAGAAUUGGCUAUCGGGUUCUUUGUCUAGAACCUUUGUAUGUUGUAUUGUCAUUGAAUAAAAACUUGGAUUUGUGGAGGAGUUUUGUAGUUUUGAGUUUGUCUUUUUAUGUAAAAUGAUGCAUUGAAAAACUGUACUUGGACUGAGUUUCAGAAAUAAAAAUGUUCAGUUCUCUUUGA